AUGACUACGAACCGAGAAUAUUACUUCGUUAUUGUCGGACAUAAUGAUCAGCUGAUAUUCGAAAUGGAAUUUCCAGUGGUUGAUGCUAAGAAGCGACCCGAUUCGGAUACACGUCACCUGAAUCAAUUUAUCGCACACGCUGCUUUGGAUAUUAUCGAUGAACAAAUGCUCACUAAUCCUCAGAUGUAUCUAAAGGUUGUGGAUAAGUUUAAUGAAUGGUAUGUUUCUGCUUUUGUCACUGCGAGUCGUAUAAGAUUUGUUAUGUUGCAUUCCCAGAAGAAUGAAGAUGGAAUAAAGCAAUUCUUCCAAGUUUGUUUUCCAUCUACUCCAACGAUGUUUAAGGUGGUGCUUGUAGAGUAG